AAGAUAACGUGUAACAUUCUCUUGAAUAAGUUUUAUCCAAAAAAAGUUUUGUCACUCCAAUUAAAAUAAUUGUUUUUUCGUUAAUAUAAAAGUGGAAACUUUUUUUUUUUUUUUUUUGAGGAAAUAUUAAAGUGGAAACUAAAGAACACUUGUCUUCCCAAUUCAUUCUUCAAGAGCUGAUAGCUAUACGCGUACGCAUACGAAUUACGAAAUUCUGCUGUUUUUCUUCCUCACGAAAUUUUGGCUGGAUUGGAUUACACACCCACAUACACAAUUACAUAUUUAUACAGUGGAGAAAAACCGUGAAUUUAUUGCCAUAUGUGGCGGUUACUGCUGAAAACUGAAAUCCCUCACUCACUCAGGUGUUUUGGGUGUCCGGAUUCUCGUCUUGAUUGUGUUUGAUUUUGGGAGCAAUUGAUUGAUAAUAGAUUAGGUUUCGAUUGGGUGUGACAUGACUUACAAUGCUGGCGAUGAGGAGGAUCUUAGGCUCGGGGAGGAUUACGUGAAAUUGGAGGGUGGCGGGGCCCACUACCAGGCGGAAACGUCGACGUCUGGUUGUUGCGGCGGCGUCGACGAUGGGGCUUCCGCUGAUGGUGGGGGGUGGUUGUGGUCUCUGUGGUGGUGGGCGAAACUGGUGCUGGUGGUCUUGUUUGUUGCCGUGUUGGGCGCGGUUUUCUUCAAAUGGAUCGGACCCUUUUUCAUGGAUAAGGAAAUCAUCCCCAUAAUAAAUUGGGAGCAGAGAACUUUCAGCACAGCUAUUCUAGGACUCCUAGUGUUUGCUUCUCUGGCAACAUUCCCAAUACUUCUUAUACCUUCUACACCAUCCAUGUGGGUUGCCGGGAUGACUUUUGGCUAUGGUUAUGGUUUUCUGAUUAUAAUCGGUGGAGUGUUGGUUGGCAGUUCAAUUCCUUAUUUCAUUGGUUCAUUAUUCUACCAUAGAAUCCAUGUAUGGUUAGAAAGGCACCCGAAGAGGGCUUCUAUCAUAAGACUAGCCGGCGAGGGAAACUGGUUUAGUCAGUUUCGAGCUGUUUCUUUGAUUAGGAUUUCUCCUUUCCCUUAUGUCAUAUAUAACUACUGCGCUAUGGCUACGGAUGUGAAAUAUGUUCCGUACUUGUUGGGGACUGUGGCAGGAAUGGUGCCAGAAAUAUUUGUUGCACUUUACACGAUUAUUCUAGCCAGGAUUUGAUUUGCAUUGGCCGACUCUCCGGUGCUAAAAAGUUUCAGUAAUGGAAGCUAAUUUUAGGAGAAGAAAGGAAUAUUUAGAGAGGAAAGUGAAGGGUCUCUCUCUUGAAUUUGAAUUUCUUAAUUUAAUUACUUGUUAGGUUACAAAUAACUUGAUGCUACAGAUAUAAAGACCACUUUGCAUACAACUUGUCUAGUAAAUUCAAACGUAUGACCUACUUUAGGUGACUCUUACAUGAAAGAUAAUUGUUUUGCCUGCACAUUAACCACAUCAUGUAAUAAGUAGAAGUAGAGAACAUGAUGUUAUGCUAAUCUACAUAUUAAUGUGAAAAAUAAAAUUUGCUUAGUACAUUAGUGUGCAGGGUGGCAGCGUGUCUCGUGCGCGUGUGUGUGUGUGUGUGUGUUUUGUAUACAGACUGAGUAAUUGUUUAUGGUUCCUGCUCCGACUCUUGUUGUGUGUAGAGGCAUCCUCAUCAAAACAUUAGCUAAUGCUUCACAAGAUCGGAAGUCUCUGUCAGCUUCCCAGAUUGUGAUGAACGUGGCCGGGUUUUGCAUUAGUGUGGCCGCGACAGUAGCAGUGACGUGGUACGCAAAGAGGCGACUGAAGGAGCUACAGAUGCGAGAGGAGCUGUUGUUGCACUGAAUACAAGACUUUGGAUUGUUAAGAGUGCAGGAAGCCAAAUGCAGCUAAAUGGAAAUCGACACCAUCAUCCAUAAUCAUAAAUGAAAUCAACCAUGUAUCCACCAAAUUCAUAUAUAGAUUUAUGUAUGUAAUCGAGAAAUGGCAAGAGUCUUUUCAAUACUGCUGUACCUUUCUUUAUGUCAAUACAUAUACCUCUCUCUCUA